AUGGAGUUGGAGGACUCAUCUCCCCGGAAAACAGCCUCGCCGAGUCUCCGAAGAAGGGCUCCUUUGACGUCCGCCAGCCCGGCGAUCGCACGAAAACACGUCUACUUUGGCGGCUACUCACCGAUUGAUCGGACAAAAGGGCCGCCUUCUCUCGAGUUCGAAGAAGUUGAAGGACGUUUCCCACCGGGAAUACCUGGAAGCAGUAAUGAAGUGGCAAGUUAUGGUAACCAUUACGCAUCACAAGAAGAUCUCCGACGACGUAAACUCGAGAAUGGACAUCAUGGAAGUUUCGUGAAAGAGAAUCGACAUAUCACUCAUGUAGCAAUCAGAGAUCCGUCACCAUCAUCUUCACUAAACAGAAGAGACAACUACGGGAUCAAUGGUUACGAAAGAGCUGAAGAUGUUGAUCCAAGGCUGCAUGGGGGUCCUUCAAGCGCUAAUCAUGUUGACGAUUCAUCGUUGACUCGUUUACGCUCACAAUCACUCGGCGAUUUGCUUGUCAACAACGAACAGCAAUCAAUAAAACGAGUCUCUUGGGAGGUGCGACAUGGAUCGAGGAAUCCAAGUGGUGGAGGUGAAGGACAUCAAAAUGGAGGUGGAGGACAUCAAAAUGGAGGCGGAGGACAUCAAAAUGGAGGCAGCAGCAGUGAUUCGUGGGCGGGCAGCAAACUGGCGGGUCGAGUCGACGAGAAUCCCCGAGCACACGGAGUGAAAAAUUAUUGGGAAGAGAAUUGCCGAAAAGAAGUUCUCGCAAAGCAAGACGAAUCGCGAAAGCCGAGACAAACCUACGGAUUUCCGAAAUGGAGAUCCACCGAUGCUCUAUCGGCAUCGCUUGUCGCUUCCAAUAAGGUCACAAUCCCCACCGACAGCCGAAUUCCUAAGCAGCGUCUCCAGAAAAUGGAGGAGACCGAAAAAGAGGCGUCAAGGACAAAGCAAAUAAUCCACGAAGCUGUGCAACCAAAGCGGAUGUCCAAGGGGAAAAGUCUGGAGUCGCUGUCGGGGCAGAUACAGGUCGAUUAUACGCCUUGGUACGAUCGAACGAAAAUCCGAGAAGGAAUCUCGCGGGAAUCGAUUGCGAACAUUCACGCGGCGAGACAACUCUUCGAGAAUGGACAACCCGUUGACUCGAAAUGGGUUCAACUCCCAUCGACGGGACAACGAAGAAGCGAUGGUCGAUCGACGGGAAUGGCGUCGAGAGCCGAAACGCCAUCGAAUACACAGACACCGAUACCACAAAGAACACAAACGAACAAUCGAGAAUCGUAUCGGGAAAUUGAUUAUGGAAUGGAACCCCAGACUCGAUCACCUCAACUUCCGCAAUCACAAGCGACCCAAGUGGUUUAUCCAUCUCAUCACACGACGUCUGUUGGGAUCAGUUUGACAAUGGAGGAACAGCUUUUGUUGUUGUAUUUACGUCAGAAUAGUGACAUGAUUGCAGCACUUGGUAUCUUGAUUCCCGACCAGAUUCGCGCCAUUCUUGACUCGAUUCCAUGGAGAAGAGUUGAAUUGAGAGGUUAUGAAGAAGAGACACCACACUCAUACACACCACAGGGAAUGUCUCCAUCACAACGCCUUCCCCUGCAACCGAGCGGACGCUACGUGAAAAAUGUUUCGAGUCAAUCGAAUGUGCCGCGUUUCGUGAAAAGAGUUGAGGGACAAAGAGGGCAACAACGAGGAUUUAAUGAAGAACCAAGAGCUGGUGAAGGACUGAUAGCUGCAGAAAUCCGUCAAACGAGGGAGAGGGAAGAUGAGUUGAAGAGAUCGAGAAGUGAAUUGGGAUUGCCGUCACUUGAGGAGUCGAUGGAGUUGUGGCGACUGGGACAACGGGGUGUCGGACAAAUCGGUAGCCCCACUCCACCAGUUAUUUCAUGGAAUGGACAAGCGAUGAGAGGCGCAAGGAGUUAUGAUAAGCUUCAUCAAAUGCCGGACAAUCUCACGAAGACCACAUCGGUGGACCAUUUGAUGAGAGAUGACGAGUACGACUACGCUGAGACUGGUCUCACAGAAAUUAUAUUAGCGAUUUCUUCAUUUUUGUGGAGACUCCUUUUCUACUCGUCGUUCAUCGUUGGCUUAUGUGAACGAAAGGUCAAUUUGGUGGAUGACAUCGACAUGAUAGCCUCUGCCAACAUGCCAGUAAUGGCUGUGAUGGGUUCUUCAGCAGAAAAUGAGACGACAACAAGCAUCGAUGAUACUACUCCGCCUCCGGAAGAUGAAACAAAGCCAACAACGACAUCGGACGAUACAGCUACAACAGCUACAACGAUAACUUCAAAAGCGGGUGAAGUCUUUAGUGAUCAACCAAUUUCCAAGUCUGAAGCGCUGAAGUCUGAAAAACGUCCUCCUUGGCUGUGGAUAGGUCCUCUCGUGGUAUCCAUUCUUCUGAUUUACUCCAAGGUUCUGAUGAUCGUGUUGCUGUGUGUGUGGAGAUGUCGAAGACGUCGCUCGAGACAAUCAUCAUCUAUAACUGUGAAAAGGAGGCCACAGAAGGUCGAUCAAGCGAUGAAUAGCGAGUCAACUGCAGGAGAAAGUGCUACUGGAAAAGAAGGCGGAGGAGGAUUU